AUGGAAGUCGAAAAUUCGAAGUGGGUUCGAGGCAAGAUGAUCGGAAAGGGAAGCUACGGUUCAGUUAGCGUUGGUUUAAGGGAAUCCGACGGCAGUCGUUUCGCGGUGAAAUCAGCUUCAAAACAAUCUCUUCAAAGCUUGGAAUGUUUAGAGAACGAGAUUAAAAUCCUCCGUUCUCUAUCCUUGUCUUCUCCGUUUAUCGUCGAAUAUUACGGAGACGACGAAACGACGUCGCACAGGAAUCUACACUUGGAGUAUCUCCCUGAAGGUGACGUGGCAAGAAUCGGCGGUGUCGACGUGGAGUUAAUCCGAUCGUACGCGUGGUGCUUGGUGAAGGCGUUGAAGGAGGUUCAUUCAAAAGGUGUUGUUCACUGUGAUAUCAAGGGUAGUAACGUUUUAGUGGGGUCCACUCAUGGUGUCGUGAAACUCGCUGAUUUUGGCUCGUCAAAAUUUGUCAGUGAUCAAGAUCAAAGUUGUAAGAUUGUGCCACGUGGGAGUCCGCUCUGGAUGGCACCCGAGGCCGUCCGGGGAGAAGCGCAAGGGUUCGAGUCUGACAUAUGGUCAAUUGGCUGUACUGUGAUUGAGAUGUUCACCGGAGUGCCAGCGUGGCAAGAUAAUGGCGCCCGUACUUUGUUCAAAAUCGGGUAUUCGAACGAAUUACCCGAAUAUCCGAAGAACAUCUCCGAACUCGGAAGGGAUUUCUUGGAUAAGUGCUUGAAUCGCAACCCGGAACAACGCUGGAGCUGUGAUCAGCUACUCCAACACCCAUUUUUAGUCCCUGUAACUGUUUCCAAGGUUACAGAGUCUACUCCUAGAAGUAUUCUUGAUUGGAACAAUCUUGAUUUCUCUGAUGAUGAUGAAGUAUCAACACCUUCGUCAUCAACACCUUCGUCGCCGUUGUCGUCUUGGUGUGAUGGAUUAUUCGAAGGGGUAUCGUCGGCGAGGGAUAGGGUGGGUAAAUUAGCGAGCACGAUGAGGGUAAAUUGGGAAAGUGAAGGUUGGGAGGAGGUAAGAUGUUUAAGGAGCAAGAAAGAAGAGGAGGUUUCGGAAGGGACAAGUUCGGAAUAUUCUGAUUUUGAAGGGGCAAAUUGGACAAUUCCAACGUGGGUAAAUUUAAGUUCAAGUAGUUCUAAUGAUGAUAAUGAUGAGAAAAUUAGUAGUGUUAGCGGUGCGGACGGCGGCGGUGGACGGUGCGGUCACAGUGAUUCAUGUGGUGGUGGGGAUAUGAUUGAGAAUAAUAAUAUUCAUGAAAGACAAAACAUGGAUUAUACAACUCACAAAUUGAUAUGGGCCUUUUUCCAAUGGACAGCAAGAAAGCAAUGCUUUUUAGCUGUUGGCAGCUUGGCAGAAGGAAGGCAGAAUUUAUAA